GUGCUGGAGCACUUAUUAUUUCAGAGGAGCCGGAAGAGCCACGCGAAUAUGAACUAACGUAUCGCGUCUUCAGUUGUCGUCGUCGUCGUCAUCUUUGUCGUCUGUGUUCUAGCUUCAUAGUUCAGUUGAAAGUCAAUUGUCAAAUCGCAUCGUGUUCAACAUUUUACGUAAAUCUGUCUCCUACAUAACCUCGCUGUGUUUAAAGUGCAGUGCAAUAAACCAGAAAUAGACAAACCGAACGCGGUACGCAAUCGAGUCUAUUUUAUUUCAAAAUCAAGCUCCAAUAAGUACAAGAGCCGUAACCAGGCGGCCUCUACUUCACGAUUCUCUAGUGGCAGAAUAAAUAUCCAAAGCCGUCCAAUUUCGGCGUCCAACUGUGGAUUGUGAUCAUGAAUGUGACCAAAUAACUCAAACUCGGGCAAUAUGAAUCUAUAUACCAUAUAUGAUUGGAUCACAUCGCUGCUCCGCACGGGCAGCGGCAGCGCCUUCUACAAGGCAAUCGAGGCACCGGAGCAGGCAGCGGCACCAUCCACAGCUAUCAAUCUACAACAACAAUCACAUAUACAGCCGGCAGCCAAUUGCAACUACGCCGUACAGAAUGUGGAUGUUGAGUUUAUACCGACAUUGAAUUUUUUGUUUCAAGCUUCAACCUCAGCCAGCAACAAGCCACCAGGCAGAGAACAAAAGCACGGGCGUCAGCAACAUGUUGCUUCGGAUUGUUCCGGCGGAAAAUCUGAGGAUGAUAAUGAAUCGACGCAUACAUAUAUAAUCUCCAGAAGCAGCUUUACGGAAAUCACGAGCUCAAGCAGCACACCUUACGCGGUCACAUCUACAGACACUGCCGAACUACUGAGGCAGCAAAACAAUCUAAGUCUUACCGAGGACGACCAGACGGUUUCUUCAUUCAGUAUUGAACCGCCUACGAGUUCCAUGUCUAUUGAAAUGGCCGAUCAACAGAGGUGCGCCACGACAACGACAACGACGACAGCGACAACAGCAAAAAGCUCUGCAACAAAUAGCGGCUUGAUGGCUCUAAGAGGAGCCACACAAACCACCGCCACAACUACAACUAGCAGCAGCAUAGAAGAAGAUAUUGAGGAAGCGAUUGAGAUUAGCGAGGUAGAAGAACAAUUACAUUCGAACAUCGAGUCGCUGUCCGAGGUAUCUGAAAAGAACCCAGCAAAGCUUAAGCAGCCAACAUCACAGCAGACUUCGAAGUCUGAAAGUAGCGAAGAAGCUGCACAGUUCCGCAUUGAUGAUGUUCAACUGUCUGGUGGCCAAUUGGCCCAGCAUUUUCUGGCCGAUGAAGAAAGUGAUGACGAUGAUCAUCAUGAACCACCAAAUAGUCACAAGGAUCAAGCAACAGCGACCGACGAGGACCAUGACGAUGAUGAUGACGGUGACGAUGACGAUGACUUUGAUAUUAGCCUCCCACUGGAUGGGCGUAAGCCAUUGCACUCCCGUCAUGAAGAUCUUGUAGACCAGUCUCUCCAUAGACACGAUGAGGGCGAAAGUCUUAGCAAUCAAAGCACCACAGAUGAUGUGUCUGAUUUCGUAGAUGAGCUGCAUCAGACCACGGAAUCGGCAAUGGAACCCCAAAAUGCACAAUCGGGUAGUAUUGCAGCUAGUACAAUGGCAUCGGUCCUUUCGGAGGCAGCCGAACCCGAGUCAAAGCUGAUGGAGAGUGAAUUAGAAAUAGACGUUGACCCACGCAGCGAGCAGGAUCAUUCUAUGGAAGAAAUUGUUGCUACCAAUGAGUCCAUAGAAAUAUCCUACAAUGCAGAAGAGGGACCCCCUACCAACUCGCUGUUAAGUUCGCCGCAGAAAUUAAAAGUUUCAGAUAUGGCAGAGCCAGCAGAAACACAUUCUGUGAAACAAUUAAAGCUACCAGAAAUGCAGAAACCUCAAGUAGUCGACCACAAAACUGAAAAUGUUAGGGAAACACUUCGUCUACAACCAGAGCCACUAGAUAAGACUAUUCUGGACUUUGAGGACGAUGACGAUGAGGAUGAUGAAUGCUCUAUGAAACUAUUAAAGCUGCGCUUAAUGGCCAUGAAUCAACAGACCCAAUUGGAUACCGGUGCCAAAGGCUCACCUACGGAGUCACCAGUAACACAAGAAGCUGGAAAUAUGGAGCUUAAGCAAAUGGAACGCGUUCCGCUGACGGAGUUCAGCAAAGACGUACUGGAGGAUAUUACAGAAGAGAGUGAACGCCUUUUAUCAAUGAGUACCGUGGCUGAAGAUCCGAAAUCUCUGUCCAUGGAAGAGUCAAAAACCUUACAAGAAAGCAAGGUCGGAAGUAAUUCAAGUUUGGUGAGCUUAAACAUGCUGAAACAGCCGGAGACCAAGGCUCAGGAUCCACACUCACAGCUGGCUUCACUGAAUCUGCAACUCGAAGCUGCUUGUCACGAGUCCAGCGCGGGCCCGGCAUCUGCGAGGGACAGCAGCUCAUUAGUGACUAACUCCACAGAGUAUCGCACCUUCAUAGAGGAGUUUGGUGCGCCGACACUCGACAUCUAUGUGGAAUUAAAGCGUCGCGACGACAUAAUUGCAAAGCUCACGAACUCACUGCAGCAUUCGUUAAACGUACGUGGCCAACUACAAUCGGACUCUGAGAGGUUGGGGGACGAGGUGCAAUCGUUACGCAAACAGCUUCACGAGGCCAUCGAUGCAGUCAAGCGUGUCGGAGGCUGGCCUGAUCAACAGGUCAAUAUUGGACAGCGCAUCUCUGAGAUAUCCAUGGACCUGAUUAGCGAAAGUGACGACGAUCUGGAACGCAACUUUCUUACCGACCAUGAAGGGGAUCGGGUAUCUCGCAGCUCACGUGAGCGUCAACUUUCGGUACCGACUGACGACUUGGGCGUGGAACCUUUACCUCCCGAAUGGCCGCCCGCUUUCAGCAAACAAAUCGAACAGUUCCAAAAAUGUUUACUGCCUGGCGAGCUGCGCCCGUUUCUAUUGGUGCAACGUAAGUUUGACGACUAUCUGUCGCAGAAGCUGGCGGAGUGCCGGGACCAGUGUGCGCAAGAGCUCAAGAUCAGUCGAGAUCAAUGGGAGAGUGAGAAAUUGGCUAACGAGCAGGCGCAGCAUGUGGCACAUACUAAGCAAAUGGAGGAGCUACGCAAAUACUUUGAACAUCGGUGCGCCGAUCUAGAGAAACAGUUUUCCGACGACGUUAUCUCGCAUAGGUCUCAGCAUCAGGCCGGGGACAGUUCCUCCGAGUGCUCGGAGGUUGAUCAACUGCCGGACGAGAUGGCUUCAAAGGAUUCAUCUCCACGCAAGCGCAAGCGCGCUGAACUGCUUCUCAGUCCCAGCCAUCGUCAAAUAACACCCAGUGGCAUUGAUUCCAAGGAAACUAAAGAGAAUAUUUCGCAGGAAAUGGCGGAUCUUAAAAUAUUCUAUCAAUCACAUAUUGAUGAACUAAAGCGGUCCCAUAAAGAAAAGAUUUGCAAACUGACGGAACGUUUAAAAUUCUACGAGCGACACCAAUCAGAGGAUGAUUAUUUGCCCACACAAUGCAAAUCGCCUACUACCUGCCAAAAAGUUCAUCAAGAUAUAUUGGAGGUCGAGCCAGCUGCUGCACAGAAUGCGAGCAAUUCUCUAAUUAUCAUUGAUGAGGAUGAGUUGAACUUGAACAACGAAUCACAGGUGAUUCAACGCAUCAUCGAGGAGUAUGAGCGACGCCUGCAGGAGCAGUUGACGCUGGCUCGCCAAGACAUUGCCACCGAGCUCGAAAAACAGAUACAGAGUUUGUUGUCGGAGUGCGCAGUCGACGAUCAGCACUGGCCCAAGGAACUGAUACUGUUGCGAGAGAAGUUUACGGCCAAGAGUCAAUUGGAAAUAACCCAGCUGAAUAUAAAACAUGCCGAAGAGAUGUCACGAAUGAAACUGGAAUAUGAGAAACAGCUCAACCGCAGGAAUAAGCGGCACUUGACGUUCGAUGCGGGACGCAACUUGGAGCACAUAAUAAGCGAGCGAGAUGGCUUACGGCAACUAUCGAAAAGUUUCCGCAGCGUGCUCUGUCGCUUGGCCAAGUGUGUGGCAAACUGCGAGGGCGACCUCAGUGCCACGCUAUCGGAGGAAAUGCAACGCAUACUAGUUCAGAGUCGCAGUCAGGAAGGUGGCGAGGAUGUGGAUCACACGUUGAGUAGCUCCUUGCUGCAGGGCUCGUUCAACAGCACGAAGCACUUGCGUCUGGUCCCAGAUGUGCACAGUCUAUUGGAAGUGGUUGAGGAUCCAUAUCUUGUGCAAUUUAUAGACAGCAAAAACAACGAUGAUCAAAACGAUUACUUUGAUCUGGGGGACUGCCUUAAGCGUCUCAAAUCAGAAGCCGCCUACCUGCUGCAGCUAUCUGAGGAUCUGGAGAGGCAGCGUGCCAAUGAAUCUGUGGAACGGCAGGACGAGCCAGAGAAACAGGAGCUAGAACUGUGCUGUGAAGCCGAGGAUGGGCUAAAGACAACAGCCCCAUUGCCGCCUACUAAACAACAGUUGCUCCAUGAAUUGCUGCGUACUAACUCGCUAAACGACCAGAAUCUCGGCGUGGCACAUCAGCGGAAGUCUAGCAAUGGUGCACAGAUGACCAAGACGCACAGUUCGCUGCCGAUUGAUUUGCAACAACAGUCGGGCAACGCUUCGGAACUGAGUUUUCAGCUAGUAGAGCUAAACAACCGAUUGAUCAAAUCGGAAGCAGAUCGACAGAAUUUGCAGCAACAGCUGACGCACACCAUCGACCGCAAUGCGGAGCUAGGCCAGGAGCUACAGGCAUUGCGCGAUCAGUUGUCGCAGUUGAACUCGCUAAAUCAUACAGAUUAUGCCGAAGGUUACGGUCUUGGGGACAUGAAGAGUGCGCAGAUUCUGGAUCAGUCGGCGGCCAGCUUCGUACAACUCCAAGAGAGGGCACGCCAUUUGUUGACAUCGCCCACUCAACAGCAGUCCCAGGAGCCGGGUAAUACAACGGUUGUAUUACUCCAGAUGAUAGAGGACUUCUGCCGCGAGGGUGAUAAGGUGGUAGAAUCCGGCAAGAAGGAUCGCGAGGAUCUUCAGUCACAGAUCGAUACCGCCGACAAGCAGCUGAAGGCGACCCGCCAGUUCCUGGAAGAACAGGCCGCUGAACGCGAACAGGAACGCGAUGAGUUUCAUCGUGAGAUCGAACGGUUAAAAGUGCAGCUACGUGAAAAGGAAAAGGAACGCAGCUCUUUCGCCAAUGCCUCUGAGGAGUUACGGCGAGUGAAGGAGGCGCAUUACGCCAUUCUGGAGACGCAACUUCGUGAGGUAAACCAGCAGCUGGGUGACUCCAAUGGCAAACGGGAUAAAUUGGAGACGGAGCUGAAGGCGUCCAUCGAUAAGAUCUUUGUGCUGCGCGAGAUUAUUUCGGAGCUGGAAACGCAGGUGCAGACUAAGGCGCUCAAUGAGCAGGUGCUGGACGAGAAAGCCAAGCAGCUGGAGGAUUAUAUACAAAUACAAUUGCGCUCUAACGAUGCGCUCACGCAGGAGGUGCACAGUCUAAAGACUGACAUAGGCGAGGGUUACCAGACGCGCAUUCGCCAACUAGAGGACAAGCUACAGCAGGGGCUGCCCUCAGCCGAAGCAACCUUGGUAUUUAAUCAGAUGGCCGAGCAACUGCUUCUGAUUGAAACCACUCUGGAUCAGAAAACCAAAACACUGGAAUCCCUUCACAACUCCAACACAGCCUCCAAUUCGUGCAGUCUUAGCGCCACAGAGGAUGUGUCCGCCCACGGUUACAACAGGCAGCCAACGGACGCACACACAGCUGAUGGUUCACCCAAACACUCACUGACAGUGGAGGGAGUGCAGCGCGUGGUCGAGAAACUGGAUAAGCAUACGCGGGUGGAGGAAGCCGCAAUCAAGCGUAUACGUGAUCUGGAAAUGCAAGUCAGCCAAAUGCGUAGUGGAUGUGUGGAGUUGCAGCACGAGCGUGACUCGUUGCAGGGUCGCAUUGAUGAGCAGACACAUCGUAUUUCAACGCUGCAGAAGCGUCUGGAAGAGCAGCGACAGCGUGCCGAGGAGCUUCAUCGCGCGGGCACGUCUGAUCUCAAUACACGUAUUCACGAGCUUCAGAAUGAUGUACGCAAUCUUAGCGAGCAGCUGUCCGCUCGCGAUAAACAAAUGGCCACAAUGCAGCAGCAAUUGCAGCGCAGCAAAGACGAGAUAGUGCGCCUUGAAACCGACCUUGCAACGCGCCCACAGCCAGAUCGCAGUCUAGUUGAACGUUUGGAAGCAGAGAUGCUGCAGAAGGGCAACGAGUUGCAAAAGCUCAGGGAGACAAUGCGCACGGAGAUGAUCAACCGCUUAGCAUUGCCUGAUCUAAUGGAAACUAUGCUGGCCGAUAAGAACGACGAAAUUGACCAUUUGCAGGAGCAAUUGCAGGCGAAAGAGCGUGAGUUACAGGCGGCCAAGGACCUCAGCCAGGCUUCCUCUCCAGCUGCUGGCAAACAGGAUGCGAGUACUAAGCACAGCGCUCGAACACUUAGCGAUAUUGGCUCGAUCACAGAGUUCCCUGAACCGGAUGUCGACCGACGGGCAAUGUGUCGCAGUCUCAAUGCUCCACUUCAACUGCCUGAAGCUGCGGGCGGAGUCUUCCAGCAGACAAUGGAUAUUUCAAAGGUCGCUGCCGCGAAUCUCACGUACAACCGCACAGACGACUUAACUGAAUUUGUGGUGGCCCAUCCCGUCAAUACUUUUGAGCACCCGCACUACUUUCAGGAUCAAAAGGCGACCGGCUUGACCACUGCAAUCAGCGGGGACCUUACACCGGGCUUGGUGCCGCGACAAAUUAAUUUCUCGAAUCUAACAGAGGACUCCAAGCUGAAGACGCCAAGCAUGUUAAUGCAGACACCUGAGCUGCCCAAGGCAAUGCCGUCGCCAGAGCUGCAACAGCUGAAGCAGAAGCUUUCAGCCCUAGAAGAGGAGAAACAUAAACAAAGAAUCGAAAUGGAGGAAAAUAUUUUACAGCUGCAAGAGCAACUCUCGCGUGAGAAGAACCAGGUGGAGAGGCAACAAAAGCUACUUCAGGACCACGAGGAAAGUGAGCAGAAAUAUAAGAUUCGUGUAGACUCGCUCGAGAAUAAGAUUCUGGAGACUGCCGCCCAGGAGGCUGCUGAUCGAGAGACUUUGCGAAAAGAGCUAAACUUAGUAGGCGCAGCGCAUGCGCAAUGCGAGCAACAAUAUAAGGCAGCGAGCGCGGCUCGAAAGCGAGAGGUUGAGAGUCUUAAUGCAGAAAUAAGAGAUAAGACUGUGCGCAAUCGCGAACUGGCUGACCGGCUGCAGUUGGCACAGCAGCAAUGUGAGGAGCUACAGCUACAGGUGAACGCAUUGGAGCGUAAUCUGGAGCGACUAAGGAACAGCGAGCAGAGCUCCAAGCAGUAUUCAGUUGAUGAAAUCGCCCAGCAAGUGGAAAAAGAGCUUAACUACUCUGCCCAACUGGACUCGAAUAUACUCAAAGCUAUUGAAAGUGAAGAGGAAAAUAAUUUGGACAAGCUUCACCACCAAAAGGAAGUGCAGACUGAUGCUGAUCCUUCACCUGGGAAUGGGAAUGGCAACGGACACGGCACCGACGACGAGAACUUUACUGGUGAACGUGAUCUGCUAAACCAACUAGAGGCCGCUAGAGCUCAACUAACCGUAGAGCGGGAACAAACUGAGACGUUGAGCAAAGAGCUGCUUGUUGAGAAGCAGCAUUCACAGGAAAUCCAGGAACAGGAUGUCCUCAUCAUCGAGGCAAUGCGCAAGCGCCUAGAAGCUGUACUGGAGGCUGAAGAUGAGCUACACAAGCAAUUGGACAUGGAGCGUGAGCGUUGCGAUAGGUUACAAACGCAGCUUACUUCGCUGCAGCGUGCAGAGAGCCGGCGAAGCAGCGUACUCUUGAAGUCGCCCACAGACUCGCCCCGCAAAUCUCCUCGGGCUGAUUUCGAGUCUGAGCUGUGCGACAGAUUGCGCAGUGAACUGAAACUGCUGACUGCCCAAAAUGAGCGGGAAAGAGAACGAUCGGCGGAUGCUCAACGCAGCAGCGAGCGGGAGCGUCAACGGUACGAAAAAGAGCUCCAGGAGCGUGUCUCAUAUUGUGAGCGUCUUAAGCAGGAGAUGGAGAAGUUGGCUCGCGACAAGGAAUCGGCCGAAAUGGAGCUGGAGCAUUUCAACGAACGCUUGACUAUGCAAGCCAACGAAAUUGAGAGCUUGGAGGCGCGUAUGGUUACGCUACAAGAAUCAGAGACGCGUCGCGCCAACACGCGAGCUCGCCACCAUCAAGAGGAGGCCAAACUGCAGGCUGAAAUUCACGAGUUAAAAGCAAAGCUGUUGACUGCUGAGUCCGAAAAGAACAAUCUGGAGCUCAAGGUUAACCAACUGCGCUUCGAUGUGGCCCGCUCAGCACAGCGGGAGUCCAAGUUAUCGGAAGCUCUGGCGCAGGCCAACGAACGCUUGGUCCAUAGCAUAGAGGAUACAGUGCCCGCACAAUUCCUGCAAAAAAUGAAGGAAAUCAACACAUUGCUGGCGGAGAACACCCAGGAGAAUAAACAGAUGGCCGAAACAGUGCAGUAUCUAGUUGGUGAACGAAUCGCGCUGCAAAAGAAGUGCGAGGAGCUUGGCGGCAAUGGAGGUGCGCAUGUCAGCGAACUCGAGGAACGAUGUCGGCAGCUGCUUGGCCGCUAUCUGCGCGUCGAGAGUCAUCGCAAAGCACUGGUCUAUCAGAAACGCUACCUGAAGCUCACUCUGGAGGGUUAUCAGGCAAGCGAGCAACUGGCUCUACAAAACAUUGCCGUCGGAACUGGGUUGAAAGUAAACCAGCCAAAGCCCACUAAAAAGAAACUAUUCAAGACUGUCGCUCUGGCCAUCAUUGCCAUACAACGCAUCAAGUACAUUGGGCGCAUCUGGCACACUGGCAAACGGAUUGUGAGCAAAUCGAUAUUUACAAUAACUCAGCAAAGAGUCGGGCCGUGUCUCAAUCUAAAUGAGGCUCCGUCUUUACCCGUGGGCCAACAGAAUGCUAGCCUCAACAGCAAUUUGCCCACCAAUUCUCACAAUAGAGCACGUAUGAGCUACGCACCAGACACACCGUCCCUCGCACCGGCCGUGAACUUUAGCACCUUACAGCCCAUUGUUCUAGCUCACGACUACGCCUUGCAGACGUCGGCGGCUUUCAGCAACAACAACAACAACAAUAAUAACAACAACCACAAGAAAAUUGAAGCGGCGCUGCCGUCGCUAACAACUCUGGACUGGACGACAACACAAAAGGCGAAAAGAGUACAUUCACGGCAUCAUUAGGAACACAUAGGAAAGCUAGAAAACAUGCUCAAUAUAUGCCAUUUAGAUAUAUCCUUCCCCUUACCCUUACAGCCAUAAAUAAUAUAUGAUAUGUAAAGCAGUUGCCCGCGUGGCUGCUAAUUGUACGUUUUAAAAAUGUUGUGUAGUUAUGAAUUACUUGUAAGUACCUAGUUUAGAGCCAAAAAUCGUCAACAAACCCAGCAUCGAACAUGAGUGUUAAUAUACCUAAAAUGUACCAAUUAAUUAUUAUUUACAUUUUAAUAACAUUAUUCUAGAGUUAGUUUUACCCACUCCCAGUAUUUCGUUAAAUUAAUUACCUAAGACAUAUCCACUUAAAUUACCUUAAUUUCGUUUAAUUUGUACACCUGUAGACCUGAGUGACUGUCCUUAUUGUUUUUAGGCUGAUUAAAGCUAACUUAUUCACAUAAUAAAGUGUCAUUAUUUUAUCAUUUGAAUUUGUCACGUCCGGCAGCAAGAGAAUGAAGCAUACUUCGCAUGUGCCUUAGUUGUGUGAGAAGGGCUAAUGAAGCAUUUAAUGUAAAACUUGUAAAA